AGAGUUCUGUGCCUGUUCGCCGAGUCCGCACUGCAUACACCGCACUCACAACACAAGGGUAACAUGCUAUUUCCCACGGGUCCAGAAAAACACAGUGGUGAAAGCUUCAACGCCGAUGAGCAGCAGUCGAAGAACUUCAAUCUAACUGAAUGGAUUGGCAUGGGGAAAAGCGGAUCUCACAACUUGGCUAAGCGGAAGCUUUGGAACUGGAUUUCUUUAAUGAUGGUUUUACUUUCUUUGCUGUUCCGACCAGCAUGUUGCCAGCAGUGUCGGAUCCAGCGCUGCAACUCGGAGUAUGUGGCCUCCACGUCGCCCUCCGGUGGCCUGGCUGACGAGGGCGUGGCGUCGGCGGACUCGGUGGACUACUGCACGGCGCUGCGCGCCUACUCGCUCUGCACGCGGCGGACCUCGCGCGGCUGCCACGGCGACCUCACCUACCACGCCGCCCUGCUGAGCAUCCGCGAGCUCUUCUCGCAGCACAACUGCUCGAGCGACGGGCCCACGUCGCCGGUCAAGGCCCCGAGCACCACGCGGCCGCACGCCUCGCAGCUCUGCGACUACGAGAGCCGCGCGCUGGCCCAGGGUGCGGGCGGCGGCGGUGCCAACGGCCAGCACAAGAAGUACGCCCACUGCGGCCUGUUCGGCGACCCGCACCUGCGCACCUUCCGCGACGAGUUCCAGACCUGCAAGGUGGAGGGCGCCUGGCCGCUCAUCGACAACCGCUACCUGUCCGUGCAGGUGACAAACGUGCCCGUGGUGCAGGGAUCCAGCGCCACGGCAACGAGCAAGAUAACGGUGAUCUUUAAGGCGUACCAGGGCUGUACGGAGCAGAAGGUCUACCAGGCCACCACCGAGGACCUUCCCACGGCCUUCCAGGACGGCACGCGCGGCAGCGGCCGUCCCGCCAGUGGCAGUGGCGGUAGUGGUGGCGGCGGCGGUGGCGAGGCGGGCAGUCUGUGGAUCUCCGAGCACAACGGCGGCCCCGGCGGGCGCCAGGUCCGGCUGCAGGCGCGCCACAUCGGCACGUCCAUCAUCGUGCGGCGCGUCGGCCGCUACCUGACCUUCGCCAUCCGCAUGCCGGAGGACACGCUGGAGCCGGCCGAGGAGAGCGGCGGCCUGCAGCUGUGCCUGCACGGCUGCCCGCGCAACGAGCUCAUCCAGGAGCACACGCUGCACCACCGCCAGCAGGGGGCGCCCAAGGGCCCGCCGCCGCCGCCGCAGCAGCAGGCCUACAGCGUGGAGCGCGCCACCACCAAGUGCCGCGAGACGCUGCAGGUGGAGGACGUCUACUUCCAGUCGUGCGUCUUCGACCUGCUCACCACCGGCGACCCCGAGUUCUCCAUGGCCGCCUUCGGCGCGCUGGAGGACCUCAAGGCGCUGCCGCCCAGCAGACUGAAGCAGAACCCUCCCAGGACGCUCGACGAGGCGGCCGGCGGCGGAUCAGGCUCCGGCUCGGGAGCGCUGGGAUCGGCCACCCAGGCCUCCGCACACACCCUCCUCCUCCUACUGACUCUGCUGGCAGCGCUGCUGCUCAUGUGAAAUGGACCAGAGAGGGUGAAGGAAGGAGAGGGAGGAGGAGGAGGAGGAGGAGGAGGAGGACGAGAUGACGGCUUGAGGAUGGAAUGCUUUGAUUGAGUGGACGGCUCUGCUGUGGACCGGGGGACUCCCGUGCUGGGCUUAACCUUCACGCGGAUUCCUCUGUGAGCUGCAGCAGCAGCUGCCAUCUGGGAGAGGGGAGCUUGGGAAAAGCAUUACGAUUCCUAAAGUUGGAGUGCAUGGACUGUUUUCAUUGCUACCAUCUGCCAACUUCCUGUGUGACUUGUAUACACUUAGAAAAAAAAACAAAACAAAACAAAAAAAAAACAAAGCAAAACACUAGCCUGAAUGUGAACAUAACAAUUGCUUCAUGGGUUCCUGGGAUUGUUAAGGCAGCUAUGCAGCUAUGCUAAACACAUACAGAAGUGUGUUGUUGAUUUGAUUUGAGGUCAAUAUGGACAGAUGGCAGAAUUGAAACCCAAACGGUACACUUCACUAUAUUACCCUUCACCCCACAACUGUGGUACAGGCAAAUAAUCACACUUUACUUCAGAUUGUUAUUCUCUUCCAUUCUUUGUCCCUAGUACAUUUUCUAGUCCUGUGUGCAAUAGUACACAGUCGUUUGUUUUGUUUGGAAGAUUGUAAGGCACUUACUGGUACACAUUCUGAGCCCCUUAAGUAAACGAAUGGCAUAUUUGUUGUGAAUAUAUGUUCAAUGGGAUCCAACAACUGUUAGGAAAUGCUACCUAUAAUCAGGCGUUCUGUGGUUGGUGAUACUAAAACAUGGAGAUCUUUCAUGUUUACAACAGAUGAGAAAGAAAAAAAAACACUCCCUUUUCAAGCUGCGCUGCUUCCUUCAUUGUUUUAAGGUAAAGAAAACAAAUUCUUUAUAUAAAUAAUAUAUUGAAAGAGUGUAUAUAUGUGUUUAUAAUGUGUACAUUUGUCUGUGUAUAGAUGAUUUAACUGUGAUGUGCGUUACAUAUAAUGUGAUCUAGUGCUUUUUUUUUUAAAUCCAUAUUAUAAGUGAACUAAUGUUUUACAUUGUAAACCCUUCCAUAUUAAAGUGUUGGGCACA